UCUACCUUUAGUCGGGCCCUCUGCUCCCUCCCAGCACCAUGCCUUACACCUGCUGCCUGCCGAACCUGAGCUGCCGCUCCAGCUGUGCCUCUCGGCCCUGCGUGGCCCCCAGCUGCCAUGGCUGCACCCUGCCCGGGGCCUGCAACAUCCCCGCCAAUGUGGGCAACUGCGGCUGGCUCUGUGAGGGCUCCUUCAAUGGCAACGAGAAGGAGACCAUGCAGUUCCUGAACGACCGCCUGGCCAGCUACCUGGAGAAGGUGCGCCAGCUGGAGCGGGAGAACGCCGAGCUGGAGGGCCGCAUCCAGGAGUACUGCCAGCAGCAGGUGCCCUACGUGUGCCCCAACUACCAGUCCUACUUCCGCACCAUCGAGGAGCUCCAGCAGAAGAUCCUGUGCACCAAAUCCGAGAACGCCAGGCUGGUGGUGCAGAUUGACAACGCCAAGCUGGCUGCGGAUGACUUCAGGACCAAGUACGAGACGGAGCUAGGCCUGCGCCAGCUGGUGGAGUCGGACAUGAAUGGCCUGCGCAGGAUCCUGGACGAGCUGACCCUGUGCAAGUCGGACCUGGAGGCCCAGGUGGAGUCCCUGAAGGAAGAGCUGCUGUGUCUCAAGAGCAACCACGAACAGGAGGUCAACACCCUGCGUUGCCAGAUUGGAGACCGCCUCAAUGUGGAGGUGGACGCUGCCCCCAACGUAGACCUGAACCGCGUGCUCAACGAGACCAGGAGCCAGUACGAAGCCCUGGUGGAGACCAACCGCAGGGACGUGGAGGAGUGGUUCACCACCCAGACCGAGGAGCUGAACAAGCAGGUGGUGUCGAGCUCUGAGCAGCUGCAGACGUGCCAGGCGGAGAUCAUCGAGCUGAGACGCACGGUCAACGCCCUGGAGAUCGAGCUGCAGGCCCAGCAUAACCUGAGAGACUCCCUGGAAAACACCCUGACAGAGACAGAGGCCCGCUACAGCUCCCAGCUGUCCCAGGUGCAGUGCAUGAUCACCAACGUGGAGUCCCAGCUGGCCGAGAUCAGGAGUGACCUGGAGCGGCAGAACCAGGAGUACCAGGUGCUGCUGGACGUGCGGGCCCGGCUGGAGUGUGAGAUCAACACAUACCGGGGCCUGCUGGAGAGCGAGGACUGCAAGCUGCCCUGCAACCCCUGUGCCACAACCAACGCCUCAAGUUGCGGCAAGUCCCUCGGGCCCUGCACCCCCUGUGCUCCCCCUGCUCCCUGCACACCCUGCGUCCCCCGGCCCCGCUGUGGGCCCUGCAACUCCUUUGUGCGGUAGAGCCCAGGCGCUGCCAGAGGAGCACAGAGGCAGGCCCAGCGUCCCAGAGUGUCCAGCAGGAUCUGGUCCAUUCCACGAAAAGCGUCUGAAAACAGUUUGUAAUGCUGGAGUCGGCCCAGUGGGGCAGCCAAGAAACUCGCCCAGCCUCCGCCCCCCUUGACUUCCUUGGGGCUGUCCCAUCUUUGCUUGCCCAGAGCAAGUGCCAGUGCCCUCCCUUGGAGCCUCCUAAUAAACUUCGUUUCCCUGGC